AUGCUACUAGCGCAGGAAAGGAUCCUUCUUGACCCUUCUACUCUUAAUGCUGAGGCUGAGAUUGUCUGUCAACAAAAAUGGAGUUUACUAGCUGAAGCAGAAGAAGCUUUCUUUUAUCAGAGAUCCAGGGUUACAUGGCUAGAAGUGGGUGAUCACAACACGCCUUAUUUCCAUAGAAUGGCGAGUUCAAGACGAGCAAUAAAUCAUAUUCACUUUCUUGAAGACUCUAAUGGAACCCCCAUCCAUUCUCAGCAGCUUAUCCAAGAGCAUUGCGUUGAAUACUUUACCAAUCUGUUGGCUCCUACUGUCUCUCAGCCCAUGUUUGCCCUGGAGGACAUCACUUUGCUUCUCAACUUUACUUGCUCCGACUCUCAGCGAGCUUCGCUUGUGGCACCAUUCUCCAGUGAUGAAAUAGAUCUGCUUUUUUCAAUCUCCCUCGGAACAAAGCCAGUGGACCGGAUGUCUGCUUUUCUGCCUGGCCGGUUAUUUUCUGCCUGGCUUGCAACAGAGAUAGUUCAUGGGUAUAAUAAGCGUAACGUGGAAAAAAGUGCCAUGCUCAAGGUGGACUUGAGGAAAACCUUUGAUUCGGUCAGAUGGGACUUCAUACUUGCUGUGCUUUCAGCCUUAAACAUCCCACCGCAGUUCAUAAGCUGGAUUAAUAAAUGUAUCACCACUCCAUCUUUUUCUAUUCUAGUGAAUGGAUGGUCAGGCCUUAGUAUGAACACAGACAAAACACAACUUUUCCAUGCGGGGCUGAGCCAAGAAGAAUCUAGUGCCUUACAGAAUUAUGGUUUCAAGUCAGGUUCGUUACCAAUAUGUUACUUGGGUUUGCCGUUAAUGAGCCGGAAGCUUAAAGUUGGAGAGGAUGCACCUUUACUAGACAAGCUAGUGUCACGCUUCAAUGCCUGUGCCACAAAGUCUCUCUCUUUUGCUGGGCAUACGCUUCUCAUUUUGACGGGGUAUGCUAAAGUUGCUUGGCGCUCAGCCUGCUUGCCAAGACAUGAAGGAGGGCUAGGGUUAAGGAACUUUGCAGUCUGGAACAGAACAUUGCUCUUGCGGUUGAUCUGGCUCCUCUUUUCAACAAGUGGUUCUCUAUGGGUUGGUUGGCAUAGGUAUCAUCAUUGUCCCACAAAUUACUUGUUUUGGAGCCAAAAUGAAUCACAAGACCACUCUUGGAGCUGGAAAUGCAUUUUGCGCUUGCGGAACUUGGCUUUAAGGUUCUUAUCUUGUAACUUGGGAAAUGGACAGAAUGCAAGUUUCUGGUAUGAUAGAUGGACUCCCCUUGGACCGCUAAUAGAAGCUAUUGGAAACGAUGGACCUAGACGGCUUUGUAUCCCAUCCCACGCCACAGUGUCUACUGCUUGCAAUGCAAUAGGUUGGAUCUUGCCAUCCCCUCGUUCUGAUAUGGAGUUAGUACUACACACUUAUUUAUCGACGAUCCCCUUGCCAGCCGCCUGUCCAAGCUAUGAUACUUACACUUGGUCAACUGAUGGCUCAAGCGGAAACUUCUCCUCAACAAAAACAUGGGAGGCUCUUCGUCCCAGAGAUGAUGAGAAGCAUUGGUUCAAGCUCAUCUGCUUAGGGAAUGCAGAUCUUUGUUGUAUAUGUUCAUCAGCUUCUGAAACCAGAGACCACCUUCUUAUAGAGUGCCAAUUCGCGUCUAAAAUCUGGGAGCAAGUAUUCAUUAGGCUUGGGAGACCGAGGAGUCAGUUCAUUACCUGGCAACACUUGCUGAGUUGGUUGAGAGAUCAAGUCUCUGGCCCGAUAAAACUACUUCGUUUGCUAUGCUCUCAAGCGGUCAUCUAUAGUGUCUGGAAACAGAGAAAUAAUGUCCUUCAUAACCAAAUCUCGAUUCCAGCGCUUAUUAUCUUCAAGGAAAUCAACCGAACCAUCAUCAACACAAUCCAUGCCCGGAGGAGUAGGAGAUGGUUCCAAAAUCUUAUGGUUGCUUGGCUGAUCUAG